UCGUCAGAAUCAACGGCCGUGAUCAAAGUUCCAGUACUUCAUAAGAUCACGCCAGUCCAACUUUCUCUCCGCAGCCUCCACUUUCACACUCUGCCUUUCCAUUUUCUUUCCUCUUCCUUCUUCACUCCAUCGACGACGACGACGACGCCAUGUGUGGGAUUCUCGCAGUGUUUGGCUGCAUUGAUAACUCUCAGGCCAAGCGCUCCCGCAUCAUCGAGCUCUCGCGCAGGUUGAGGCAUCGAGGGCCUGAUUGGAGCGGGUUGCACUGCCAUGGAAAUUGCUAUCUGGCUCAUCAACGAUUGGCUAUUGUAGACCCUGCUUCAGGAGAUCAGCCACUUUACAACGAAGACAAGACUGUUAUUGUCACUGUUAAUGGUGAGAUAUAUAACCAUAAGCAAUUGAGAGAAAAGCUGAAGUCGCAUCAGUUCCGAACUGGCAGUGACUGUGAAGUGAUUGCGCAUCUUUAUGAAGAACAUGGGGAAGAGUUUGUGGACAUGUUGGAUGGCAUGUUUUCCUUCGUCCUUCUUGACACGAAAGACAACAGUUAUAUCGCUGCUCGAGAUGCAAUUGGUAUCACCCCACUUUACAUGGGCUGGGGUCUUGAUGGAUCAAUUUGGUUUGCUUCAGAAAUGAAAGCUUUAAGUGAUGAUUGUGAAAGAUUCAUAUCUUUUCCUCCUGGGCAUAUUUACUCUAGCAAGCAAGGAGGGCUGAGAAGGUGGUACAACCCCCCAUGGUUUUUGGAACAGACACCAUCAAGUUCUUAUGAUCCAAUAGUUUUACGUAAGGCUUUUGAGAAGGCUGUGUUUAAGAGACUUAUGACAGAUGUACCAUUCGGUGUUCUUUUGUCUGGAGGACUGGACUCAUCACUUGUUGCUGCUGUGGCUUGUCGCUAUUUAGCCGAAUCAGAAGCUGCAUGUCAGUGGGGAUCACAGUUACACACCUUUUGCAUUGGCUUGGAGAGCUCUCCAGAUUUGAAAGCAGCAAGAGAAGUUGCAGAUUAUCUUGGGACUCGUCAUCAUGAGUUUCACUUUACUGUACAGGAAGGAAUAGAUGCUCUUGAGGAAGUUAUUUACCAUAUUGAAACAUAUGAUGUGACGACUAUCAGAGCUAGUACACCCAUGUUUCUUAUGUCUCGGAAAAUUAAAUCUUUGGGAGUGAAAAUGGUUCUUUCUGGGGAAGGUUCAGAUGAAAUUUUUGGAGGUUACUUGUAUUUUCACAAGGCACCAAACAAGGAGGAAUUUCACCAAGAAACAUGUCAGAAGAUUAAAGCUCUUCAUCUUUAUGACUGUCUGAGGGCCAACAAAUCAACGUCAGCUUGGGGUGUUGAGGCUCGAGUGCCCUUUUUAGAUAAAGAAUUCAUCAAUAUUGCCAUGGCCAUUGAUCCAGAAUGGAAAAUGAUCAGGCCUGAUCUUGGGAGAAUUGAGAAGUGGGUCUUACGCAAUGCAUUUGAUGAUGUUCAGAAGCCAUAUUUGCCAAAGCACAUAUUGUACAGGCAGAAGGAACAGUUUAGUGAUGGUGUUGGUUACAGCUGGAUUGAUGGCUUGAAAGAUCAUGCAAACAAACAAGUAACAGAUGCCAUGCUGACGCAUGCUAGUUUCAUUUACCCUGAAAAUACGCCUACCACAAAAGAAGCAUACUACUAUAGGACUAUAUUUGAGAAGUUCUUUCCAAAGAAUGCUGCUAGAUCAACAGUUCCAGGCGGCCCAAGUGUGGCAUGUAGUACAGCAAAAGCUGUGGAAUGGGAUGCAGCAUGGUCGAAAAAUCUCGAUCCAUCUGGCCGUGCUGCACUUGGUAUUCAUUCAGCUGCAUAUGAAGAAGCAGUGGAUGCAAAGAAUAAAAGUUCGCUGAGUGGCUCUCCUAAAAAAUUACAAGGGGUUGGAGAGAAAGCUGCUGCAGUUGUUUGAAUCGAACUCUAUCAAGUUUGUUACGCCGCACUUGAACACACGACCAGACUUUGUUCUAGUUAACAUCUUUAGCUAUAAGGCAUUGUUAAUUUUUACUUUUCUUGGGUGGUGUUGGUAUGUAGUUCAUUUCCCAUCAGUGUCAUUCCUGUCCUUUCUCAGGCUUCUUUUGUAGAUUACAGAUUAACUAGUUAACUGGUGCGGUCUCUUUUCAUACAUGCGGAUUAGUUCAAUUUUCUUGUUAAAUAGUUAUAUCUUUUAAGUCUAAUUCUAUAAGAUCGUAUAUUUUGGCAUUCGUUUUUCA